UGAAUUUCUAUGCAUUUCCAUCCUGUUUAUUAAUUGAAAUGGAUUUAAGACUAGAAGGAAUUUCAGGUGUCAUAGUUCGAGUAACUCCAUUUUAUCCGCAUUCAACAAUCUCUUCAAAUGGUGAAAUAUUUAUUACUAGACAUUGAAGGAACAGUUGGAAGUAUUUCUUUUGUUAAAGAUGACUUGUUUAGCUAUGCAGAGAAGCAUUACAAGGAAUACGUAGAACAGCAUUACGAAGAAGAUCAAAACUUACAUGCUUUAGGUGAUUCGCCAGAGUCUACCUUGAGCGCAAUCCGGAAGCUGCAUGCAGAAGGAAGCAAGGACCGCCAUUUCAAACACGUUCAAGGCAGUAUCUGGAAAGAUGGUUAUAAAAGAAAUGAGCUUGUUUCUCAUUUGUUUCCAGAUGUCAUUCCUUUUAUUGAGCGUGCCUUGCAAAUCGGAAGCAAAGUUUACAUUUAUUCUAGUGGAAGUGUUCCUGCACAGAAAUUGUAUUUCAGCCAUACGGAAUCUGGGGAUAUCUUGCCUUUCCUUUCCGGUUUCUUUGAUACAACUACCGGAAUAAAGACCGAAAGCGAUAGCUAUAAGAAGAUUAUUGGAGAUUCGGAUGCUCGCGAAUGGCUGUUCCUGAGUGACAAUAUUAAUGAGCUAAAGGCUGCCCAACGAAUUGGCAUUCAUGUCGGCUUAGUUGUUCGACCAGGAAAUGAGACUGUUUCAGAGACUGAAGGAAUCCCUGUUUAUCAUUCGUUUGACUGUUUAUUCACGGAAUGAUCUUCUAAAUUAUUGUCGUCGGAGAUUUUCCUCGUCUGGUAACGAACUAAGCAGAAUCUGAAAUGUCUUAUAACGAAUGUAUCAAACAUAGCUACUCGGAGUGUAGAUAAUAAAGAUAAGAAAAUGGUUUUCAAGCUUCUGACUACAAGCGAAAAAUAACACUUCCCAAUCAAAACAUUUUUGCCCUUUUUGAAAGCAUGUCGUGCAUAUAGCUACAUACCUGAUUCCUAAUGAAAUGAACUAAUCACAGGAAAAAAAAAGAAGAGUACGAUAAUCAUAAACUGCCAACCACUAUGGAUGCGUUUCCCAAAGCUUUUCCUUGUAGCAAUUCAAUUCC